AUGGCGUUUGUUUUUCGGUUCACGUUGGAUGGGAAGAGGCUAUGCCGGUUGAUCAGCAACCGAUGCGGACAACGGCGCGCACCCAUCCGGACGGCUUCAAGUCUCAAGUCACAAUGGCUUGGGUCAGCUCGGCUUGGUCUCAACGAUCACGGGAGGCUUUCCCAUGCCGGUUGGUCCGUAGAUGAGAUGCUGCGGCCGGACAGUCGACUUGAGCACAAAUGUUCAAUGCCUGGUCCGUUGGGCAAGCAGUCUGCCGUUGGGCCGCACUCUUGUGCUUACCCAAUGGGCAUAGCUUGGGUUCCAGUACCCAUUAACUUGCCUUCGGAGCCAAUCAGCAUAUGUCGAACUCGGCCGGCCAAGGAUUCAUCACCAGCCGGUUGUCCGGCAGCAACAUCAACUGUAGUGUCACUGACGAACCGUCAGGUGCAGUUCGAAUAUUGUUCCCAGAUCCGCCCAGACAUGCUAGGAACACAUCCCGUGAUCGUUGAGACCAAGCCUAGAGCUGACCCAAGCCAUUGUGACUUGAGACUUGAAGCCGUCCGGAUGGGUGCGCGGCGUUGUCCGCAUCGGUUGCUGAUCAACCGGCAUAGCCUCUUCCCAUCCAACGUGAACCGAAAAACAAACGCCAUCGGCUUGGGAGUCACAUUUGAUCGGUCUUAA